GCUCAGAGCUGUCCUCUGUCCUCUCCAGCUCAGCAUGGCUAAGGCACUGCUUGCACUAGGGCUAUUGAGCCUGUGCUGGUCUCUGGCCAUUACUCACCCUCUUUCUCCGGCCCCUGAAAGCAAAACUGAAGGUAGAAAUGGGGUCCAGCUGUAUUCAAACAUGACUGAACUCUGUGCUGAUGACUGGCGCUUCGAUGCUAUCACCCUGGAUGACAGUGGGGCCAUGACAUUUUUUAAAGGGGAGUUCAUGUGGAAGAGUCCCAACUGGACCCGUGAGUUAAUCUCAGAAAGGUGGAAGAAUUUCAACAGCUCAGUGGAUGCUGCAUUCCGCCAUGAACACAACAGUGUCUUCCUGAUCAAGGGGGACAAAGUAUGGCUCUACCCUCCUGAGAAGAAGGAGAAAGAAUAUCCACAGUUGCUCCAAGAUGAGUUUCCUGGAAUCUCAUCACCACUGGAUGCGGCUGUGGAAUGUCACCGUGGAGAAUGCCAAGAUGAAGGUGUCCUCUUCUUCCAAGGUAACCACAUAUGGUUCUGGGACUCGACCACCAAAACCAAAAAGGAGCGCUUCUGGCCAGCUGUUGGGAACUGCUCUUCUGCCCUGCAAUGGCUCGGCCGCUUCUACUGCUUCCAGGGUAACCAGUUCCUGCGCUUCAACCCAGUCACAGGAGAGGUGCUUCCGCACUACCCUCUGGAUAUGCGAGACUACUUCAUGCCCUGUCCUGGCAGAGGUCAUGGACAUAGGCAUAGGACUGGCCACAAGAACAGUACCCAACAGGGCUAUCCGAAUAUGCGCUGUAACCCAGCUCUAGUCUUAUCUGCACUGCUGUCUGACAACCAAGGGGCCACCUAUGCCUUCAGUGAAAACCAUUACUGGCGCCUGGACACCAGGAAAGAUGGAUGGCACAGCUGGCCCAUUGCCCAUAAAUGGCCCCAGGGUCCUUCAACAGUGGAUGCUGCCUUUUCCUGGGAGGACAAACUCUAUCUUAUCCAAGGCACUCAGGUGUAUAUCUUUCUGACAAGGGGAGGAUAUACCCUUGUAGAUGGUUAUCCAAAGAGGCUGGAGAAGGAGAUUGGUAACCCUCAUGGGAUCAAUCUGGCUUCUGUGGAUGCAGCCUUUGUCUGUCCUGGGUCUUCACGGCUUCAUGUCAUGGCAGGACGGAAGCUCUGGUGGCUAGACCUGAAGUUAGGAGCUCAAGCCAUAUGGACCGAGGUUCCUUGGGCACACGAGAAGGUUGAUGGAGCUCUGUGUAUAGAAAAGUCCUUUGGCCACACCUCAUGUUCUACCAGUGGUCCCAGUAUAUACCUCAUUCAUGGCCCCAAUUUGUACUGCUACGGUGAUGUGGAGAAACUCAACGCAGCCAAGGUCCUUCCCCAGCCCCAGAAUGUGGCUGGCUUACUAGGCUGCAGUCACUGAAAGGGUUCCUUUUUGUUAGCUUGGUCUGGUUCUUUCUUUCCGAUUUCCUUAAAAUAAAGCCAUGGUACUGUUUCACUUGAA